AUGGAUCCCAACAACCCAGCUAGCUUUUUCCACAGAAAGGAGCGGCUUUCAACCGGUCGCACCUACCACUUCGUCGACCAACUUCCGGAAGAAUUUCAUUCUCAAACUACAACGCUUCUUUGUAUACACGGCUUCCCUGACCUUUGGUACGGCUGGCGAUAUCAAGUGAAACCAUGGGUGCAACUGGGCUUUCGUGUGGUCGUUCCGACUAUGUUAGGCUACGGGGAUACCGACAGGCCAGCCGAUCCUGGCGAGUACACGACGAAAAAGCUGUGCGCGGAUCUGAUAGCUUUACUGGAUCUUCUAGGUGUCGAGAAAGCUGUCGUUAUUGGCCAUGAUUGGGGUUCCUUUAUUGCCAGCCGGAUGGCAUUAUGGCAUCCCACUAGACUACUGGCGCUGGUUCUAAUGUCCAUCCCAUAUACUCCUCCGCUGCGGCGAUAUAUCACUGUCCAAGAGAUUGCGCACCGCCUUCCUAAUCUGAAAUAUCAGGUCUAUUUCAGCGAUCCAAGUUUCACACCGGAGGUUGAAGCGGCGCUACUGCCCUUCUUAGGCGCAGUCUUUCUUCCACCAGGAAAUGACAUUAAAUUUACAGAUGUUUCACUGUGGCCCAAGAUAUUUGGCGAAGGGCAUUUACCCAACCCACCAUCCGUGCUGACGCCGCAGGAAAUGAACUAUUACUACUCACAACUCAAGAAAGGAAUGACCGGGCCCCUCAAUUAUUAUCGGACGUCUCAAUAUCGAUUUGACGAAGAAACGGCAAACCUACCGUCAUUACUUCCAAGCGACUUAUCAGUCUUAUUUCUCUGGGGCACAAGUGACCCGGCUGCGAUGCCAAUUCAGGUCGAUAAUGCUCGCAAGUUUGUCCCUCGACUACGAGAUGUCGCGUUGGAAGGACGAGGGCACUGGAUAAUGGUGGAAGCAAAGGAUGAGGUCACCGAUACGAUUAGUAGCUGGCUGGGUGACUUGGGUUUAAUCAGCCCUCAAAAACCGAAGUUAUGA